AUGGACGAAAGCGACAUUAUGAUAUUGGAACCAAACACUCAUGAAUCGGUGAUCUUUGAACCUAUCGAAGGCAUACCACGUUCCUUUGAAGAUGAUCCUGGAACACGAUUUUCCUUUGGCGUGAGCGAGCUGUCGCGACGUUCACUUUCACAGCCCAUAUCAGAACAGCCACUGCACAAAGCAAAAGCGUUAGUGAGUCCACGGAAAAGAAAACCCUCGAAAAUCCAAACAGUCCCUAAUGAGUUUUUUGGAGUGUACUGUUUGAUCAGCAGGAGUCAGCUGAAACAUUACAAGAAUCGCUGCUACAUUGGCUACACAGUGGAUCCAAACCGGCGAAUACAACAGCACAAUGGAGGUAGGGAGAAAGGAGGAGCAAAAAAGACGGAUAAUCGAGGGCCAUGGGAUAUGGUGUGUAUUAUUCAUGGCUUUCCGAAUAGUGUGGCAGCUCUGCGGUUCGAAUGGGCAUGGCAAAAUCCCGAGAAAUCGCGUGUGAUUAAAGAUUUAGCUUUGAAAAAGUCUAGGAAGGAAACGCCGUUCGCUUACCGGCUUCGCAUUGCCUGUCAUUUGAUGAACAGUCGACCAUGGAAUCGAUUUGCUCUUACCUUUCGUUGGCUGUUACCAAUCGAAGAACUGCCGUUCCCAGAAGAAAAUUUGCCACCGAAACAUGUUCCUAAGAAAUAUGGUUUGAUAGAAAAAUCGACCAGUGAAGUUCCGGCAGAGAAAAAUGGUUAUGUAGAAAAGGGCGAAUGCCGACUUUGCGGAGAAGAAAUAGAGCGACUGAACCAGUUUGUUCGUUGUCCGGCAUUUGUUUGCAGUGCUCACUUUCAUGCAAAAUGUUUAUCAUCGCACGGUCUUGGUGGUGAACGUUAUCAGCUUUACCCUCUUGAUGGGAAUUGCCCCAGGUGCGGACGGCGAUACCUUUGGGGUGAUGUUAUCAGAGAUCAACGAAUGGUUAUAAGGAUUGAUGAAGCCAAGACCGAUACCUCUCUUAAGGGCGGACUUUUCGAUUUCGGCCGCUGUUUCGAUCGCGAUACAACCGGUUCUGUCAUAUCCGUACAGGUUCCGUUUGGUUUCUCCACGUUGGAACAGGCACUUACUUGUUUGCUUGAAAGAUGUGUUGAAAUGGACGUUAUCGGUGGAAAUCAACGUGACCUCGCUCGUGAGAAAAACAUGAAAAAACUGAUGGAACAGAAAAAGAAAGCUGGAGCUGGAGCCCGAGAAGCUAAUGCUGGACUCUCGACUGAUGCACGAAUGAGCCGUGAUGCUGAGGUGAUGAGGUUGAAACAGGAGAAAGCAGCCGCGAAAAAAGCCGCUGAGGACGCAGCAAAAGCUGCAGAUGCGAAAAAAGUGAAAAAGAUUGAUCCGCUCAAAAUGUAA